AUGUCGACCCUUCCAUCUUCACAGCCAAGACAUGCCAAUGGCUAUCACUUGCAAUGCACUGGACAAGCUUUAGAGACUGCCAGACGGCACGAAAAGGAUGUUGCGCCGUCUACGGAAGACGAGAUUACGCUGUAUGGCAGCUGCUUCUGUCCCUUUGUACACAGGGCUUGGAUCACGCUCGAGGUGCUAGGUCUGCCUUACAAGUACGUCGAAGGUGAGCAAGUAGGAGGAGUCUCGAGUCGCUUUGACCCAGCCUCUAUCCGCUUGUUGAAUAUACUCCUGCCGCUCCCCCGCUCCACAGUGGACCCCUACGCCAAACCAGCUUCACUUUUGGCGCUCAAUCCCAAAGGUCUGGUGCCCGCUGUCCAAGUCGGUCCCGAUCCGCGCAAUGGUUUGGGCGAGUCGACGGUGAUCAUGGAGUACCUCGCCGAGCGCAGCGAUUCGCGCGGAGGAGCUCUCUUUCCAUCCAUCGAUAGACCCUUUCAAAGGGCUCAGGCGCGUCUGGCAGCCGACAAGAUCAAUCGAACGCUUUUGCCUGCUUUUUACAGGUACCUUCAGGCGCAAGAGGUGGAGAGGCAGGUAGAGGCUGGAAGGGAAUUUUUGAAUGGUAUGACCGCUUUCGUGGAGAGCAUGCAGCAGGGAAGCGGACCGUUUUGGGACGGCACGGAUAAGAUCGGCUGGGCAGAUGUCAUGAUUGCUCCCUGGGCCAUCCGGGCUGGUAUAGUCCUCAAGCAUUACAGAGGCUUCGAUAUGAGGGCUGAUCCCAACGGGCGGUACGAGAAGUGGCAAAGUGCACUGCUGGCUCAUCCCGCCGUCAAGGCAACGACGAGCACCGAUGAGCUCUACCUCGACAGCUACGCACGAUAUGCAGAGAACAGACCAAACACUUCUCAGGUUGCGGAGGCUAUCAAUUCGGGACGUGAGUGUGUCACAUGUUAG